AUGCCCCCCCUUUCCAAGAAGCGCAAAUCCUCCUCCAUUGUCCGCGACGAUAGUGACGUCGAGGCAGAGGUAGCGACGAAACGCGGCAAAGGUGCUUCUGGUGCUGCAUUCAUACCCUCAAACAAACCACAAACAGACUCGGAAGGAAACCAAUAUUGGGAACUCUCGAGGGGCAGACGGGUCACAAUAUCCGAUUACAAAGGCACGACACUCGUGAACAUCCGAGAAUAUUAUCAGAGAGACAGCGAGUGGCUACCAGGAAAGAAGGGUAUCUCUCUGACAGUCGAACAAUACUCUGCACUCAUUGACGCCAUGCCUCAAAUUGAAGGACUACUACGAAAUCACGGAGAAAAAGUGUCACGGCCGAAGUAUGAUGGAAGUGCUCCCGUUGAAGACGACCGCAGUGGUGAACCACAGGAGGAUGAAGAGACAGACAAGAAAGCCAACAUCGAAGCCACCAGUGAUGAAGAAGAAUAG